AUGGCAGAUCCUUCAGCGGAAGUACCUUUUUUCAUGCCACAGCCAGAAAUAAUUGAAUCUGCAGGCAUGAAUGAACCUCAGUGCUACUACAAUGAAACCAUUGCCUUCUUUUAUAACCAAAGUGGGAAAAGUCUAGCAACUGAAUGGAACACUGUGAGCAAGCUUGUAAUGGGACUUGGGAUUACAGUUUGUGUUUUUAUCAUGCUAGCCAACCUCUUGGUGAUGGUGGCCAUUUACGUCAACCGGCGUUUUCAUUUUCCUAUUUAUUACCUAAUGGCUAACUUAGCGGCUGCUGACUUCUUUGCAGGGCUGGCAUAUUUUUACCUGAUGUUUAACACAGGACCCAACACUAGAAGAUUGACUGUCAGCACGUGGCUCCUUCGUCAGGGACUCAUUGACACCAGCCUGACUGCUUCAGUUGCCAAUUUAUUGGCCAUUGCCAUUGAGAGGCACAUCACCGUGUUCCGUAUGCAGCUCCAUACGCGGAUGAGUAAUCGGCGAGUGGUGGUGGUAAUUGUGGUCAUCUGGACUGUGGCCAUUGUCAUGGGUGCUAUACCAAGCGUUGGUUGGAAUUGUAUCUGUGAUCUCACUCACUGUUCUAACAUGGCACCACUCUAUAGCGACUCUUACUUGGUCUUCUGGGCUGUUUUCAAUUUGGUCACCUUUGUAGUCAUGGUGGUCUUGUAUGCUCAUAUCUUUGGAUACGUGCGCCAGAGGACUAUGAGAAUGUCAAGACAUAGUUCAGGGCCUCGCAGGAACCGGGAUACCAUGAUGAGUCUCCUAAAGACAGUCGUCAUUGUGCUUGGUGCUUUUAUAAUCUGCUGGACUCCAGGAUUAGUUCUGCUUCUUCUUGAUGUUUGCUGCCCGCAAUGCGAUGUCCUAGCCUAUGAAAAGUUCUUCUUGCUGCUCGCGGAAUUUAACUCUGCCAUGAACCCCAUCAUCUACUCUUACCGAGACAAAGAAAUGAGUGCCACCUUCAAGCAGAUUCUUUGCUGUCAACGCAGCGAGAGCGCCAACGGACCCACCGAAGGCUCUGACCGCUCGGCCUCCUCGCUGAAUCACACCAUUUUGGCUGGGGUACACAGCAGUGAUCACUCAGUGGUCUGAACAAAAUCCCACCAAGAUAAAUUUAGUGCUAGGUGAAUGCCUAGUGGUGAAGCUAUUGACAACAUUGUUGACAGUCUUUGAAGCAAAAAGAAUAACAACUUUUACAAGUUCUUCUUAUUCACUAAUGGGUUAUAGUGCUUAUUCACCAAUGCCCAGCCCACAAAAAUUCCCUAGGCUAGCUUUCCCCCCCACCUUUUUUUUAAAAGUAUAACAUAAGCAGCUCACAUGGGGAGUUCAAAAAAUAUUUGGACAAGUCAUUUAGGUCACCCAAUUAGCCAUUCAUCAGCGGAUGCUUUUACGACAGUCCUAACACAAAUCAUUUCUACUUCUUUAGGCUUCAUAAGUGCUCCAUUGCCUUUUCAUUCGGGGCCUAAAGCUUUGUUUUCUCCCUUCACCUCAAAUGCAUUUCCAUUUAAUAAUCCAUUCCCCCAUCACUUCACUUUGGGACACACAUUUUCUGGGCAAAGAAUGAAACAGUUUUAACUUUCAUUACAAUGCCAAUAACAAUGAGAACCAUAUCAAAAUAACAGUGAGAAAUAACUGUUUAUAGCUUGUGUUUUAUUAGUGUUUGGAAGCAUGUUGUGUAUAUGCAGAUGCAUUUAAUCCUCACACUGAAAUUAGAGGGAUAUAAAAGUGUUGUUAUCUGACUAUUUUGUCCCUGAAAUUUUAAUUGUCAUUAAUAAAGAGCAGAAGGAAGACUGUAAGUUGCAACAAAAAUCCAAUUUUCUUGUGGCCUUAACGCAGAAACCUAAAAGUUCAGGUCGAAAAGGCAUUUCUUUGUUUCUUGUACCAAGGGGAAGGGUUGUUUUUUUUAAUGAGAGAUGAGACUUAUUUGCCAGAUUCUAAGAUCUGUCCCAGAUUUUAGGGAAGGUUGAUGCCACAGUCCCUAAAAUGGAUGUCUAAGAAGCAAGUCUAUUGUCUGGUGAUCAAAGGCAUGUGAGGAUGGUAACAUCAAGCUCUUUUCCCCCCAUUUUUCUUGAUGUUCCAAACAAAAUCUAUGGCAUGGUACUCAGUCUGUCCAAAUGCUAGAGUGUAAGUGGAGAAAAAGAGAUUGACAGCUGCCCAGGGACAUCCUAGGAGGACUUGCUAUCUAAUUAGGCGGCAGCGGGACUAAGACGUGCCUCUUGAGGUGGAAGAUAAAACCAGGAUUCUCUCCAUCAUUCUCUCCUGCAUGGCUUCUGCCACUCAUUCAUUGCCCAGGUUGUCUGUAAAAAAAUAUCUGAGGAUUUCUCAGAACUCUGUAAACUGAGGUGAUUACUGCAGCUGUCUGUUCAAGAUAGUUUCCAUAGACAUGAUCUCACAGUGCAUUUCUCCAGUAGAUCAACAACUACAGUACUCGGUGUGCUUAGUUAUAAUGAAAGAUAUGAUCUGGGUAUAGCAGGUCUGUGGGUAGUGGGUGGACUACAGUCUAUACUAAUUUACCAUCCAGAGUGAAAAUAUUUUAUAAUGUGGUGGACCUGGUCUUAUAGCCCCUCUUAGAGGCAGCUGUAAGAUGUUGGAGAAAGCAAAGGAAUCCUGGACCUGAAACUGAAUUAGUAUUUUUAUAGUAUCCUCUAGUAAUUGAAAUAGCACCCUAAUUUUACUAUUUAAGAAUGAGAAUUUUGGAGCACUGUCUCUUAUGUAAUUUUAUUACACCCAACUGUUUCUUGGCUCAAAGUGCAAAUUCCAUUCAUAGUUUUUACACAGAACUCCAUGAAAUAAGUAUUUGACAGUAAUCAAAUCCAACAAAUAAGUCUUAAGAAUGAGAAAAGUGACUUUUAAAUGUAACAUUUCUCUUUGUAAAUUCUUAAGAUCAAAUAUAAAAAUGUUUACACUGAAGGCUGGGGAUUUUUAGAAGCACUUGGGACCAUUAUGAAUAAUUGUAUAGUGAUGGCAAUUUGCAGAAGUCCCCUUCUAUGUUGAAAAUCUGCCUAUAUAAGAAAAUUUUCUUAGAACUCUUGUUCAACCAAAUCGAUUAAAUGCUUUCAAAUGAAGGAUAAUAGAUUUGAGCUAGUGUCAUGUUUAUUUGGAUAGAGUAGGUAGAUUUCUAAGAACAAAAUAUAGCAAUGUCAAAAAGAUAGACUAUUUAGCGAUGUACAAAGUGACUAGGUUAAAAUUAAAGGGAAGUAGGCUGAUCCUACCAGAGGGAAUAUAGGAAUCAUGAAAGGUUCAUCUAAUGAAAAAUACUAUAUUAAUUUCAUAAUGAAAUUAAGAUCAGUGAGCCCAUUUGUCUUUACUUAUGUAACUUGUAUAAUAAAACAGAUCUGGCUGUUAGAAAGUUUUAAAAUACACUACAUGCUAAGCCACUAAUAAAAGUUUUUUCAAUAAGUAUA